GUAAAUGAUUAGUUUUCAGACAUAUCAUCGUUUAUAAAGUUCACUAUUUAAAUAAUCAACUUUGUUAUAGUUUAAAUAUUAAAGGAAUAAAUUAAAAUGGACGUGAAAGAGCUCCGUUUCAAUGGUGAAAAUGAAAAUUAUGAAAAUGGGUUAUCCGAUCAAGGCGCGUCAUCAGCUGAUGAAAUUAUGAGAAAAACCACUAUGAGCGACGAGUGUUAUGUGAAUAAAGGAUUUAAUGAUUCAAACAGCUUAAAAGAAGAACUAUCCAAUAAGAUUGAGGUGGAUUCAAACCAACUUUCUAAAAGUGUGAUUUUAAUUUCUGAUGGACCUUUAUUGUCAACGCAAGAUGGGUACAUAAAUAAUGCAUUUGAAGACGGACCCCAGAAAGCAGAAAAGGGGACGGUGCCACGGGCACAUGACGUCACUGUCAUUACUUCCUCUACAACAGAGAACCAAAUUACAAAGCUGGAUGAAGACGAUAAUGGAGUGGUGGCCGUUAAUUUGGAAACGAAAGAAAAGAAGCGGAAAGUACAAUUUGUCGGAUGGGAUUCAAAUAAGAGCAUAAUUUUAUUGGGUUUGGUAUUAGCUUUUGAUGCAUGGGCAGCAAUAUUUGUUUGUUUCAAAACAAACCUAUUCCCUGAUAUUUUCAAUUAAAUUAUUAUUGGGAUUUAAUGUGUCAAUUAAUUAGUAUCACUUUAAAUUAAUACAGUUAUAUAAUAUAAUUUUUGUUAAGCAAAUUGUAUACUUAAAAGAAAUUAAUUAUUAUUUUUUUUUUAUAUUCGUUCUGUUUAUUUUA